AAGCUUUUGGAAAUAUCAUUUUUAAUGUCAGAUUUUAGAAAUAUAAUCAAAGUUCUAAAGGUCUUUAUGCCUCAAACUGCUGGUUUACGAACAUCCUCUUUUGUACGCUGUAUUAGUAUUCAUCCCUUACUCCGAAACACAGAUCUAUUGCUGCUUUUUAUUUUCACAAUGACUAAUACGGCCACAUCUGAUGGAAUCAGUGGAUGCUGAUCGAUAAUAGCUGCUUGCUGUGAACAUUUCUGACUUUUAUUUCAACCCAGUACAGGCUGAAGUUGAAAGUUUACAAAUUUGGCAACAACCUUACAGAGAAAAAUAAUCUUACAGAUAAUAUGUGCAUUCUUAAAAAUAAAGGUGCUUAAAAGGUUCUUCACAACAACUUUUUAGUUUAAAUCUGCACAUUUGCCUACCUUUCUCUAGAACCUUUUAUUUCAUGUGCAAGAUCAUUCAUGGAACCAUAUACAGCCUGACUAAAAUUACUUUCAGGAAUUUUUGUUUUUAGGAGUGUAGGUGUAUGUGACAAGGUCAGUUUGGCUUAUGAAUUUGAUAUGAGGAAGUUUUGUAUGCUAGGAAGAUAUCUGUAUGCUACUAAUAUGCUACGGAUAUCCUAAAUGAACACAUGAUGAAUAAAUACAAAAUAAUUUACUAGCACACAUAUAAAGAUUUGAGUAAACUAAAUGAAAACCUAGUUUCAUAUAUCAAAUAUGUUGUCUGCAGCUGCAUGUAGUGAAUAAAUAAUAAACAAUAUCAAAGGUUUCCUCAGAAUAGGAGCGCUAUAGGGUCUUAGUUUUACAUGUCCCUUUGUUUUUGGGUACAUAUGGCAGUAAAGGAUAUGUUUAUAUUUUCUGUUUUGUCGUUUGCAUAUAAUAAAAAAAAACAUUCUUUGUAAUGACUCUCACGCAUUUAGAGUGAACUGAAGUUCCGCAGAUUGACACUACGCCGCUGUGUGGUGAGGUCGAACAUCUCUGUAUAAACUAUAGCCACUCAAAAAUUACUGUUUAAAUCCAGGAAAUAUUAGCUACCAUACAUUUGCAAUUAUGUAUCAAUGUAUUUUAUCAGUAGCCUUAAGUGUUCCCUGGUACCCACGAUCGUCGCAAUGCUAAUAAAACACUUUGAGUUACUGUGUUAUCUUUUCAUUUUCAGAACAUGUUAAACACUAACAACAGAUGUUUCACAAGAUGCGUUUCUUUCCGUUCCCAGGUUUAAGGUCAAGCGUAAACAUGAACAAAAAAAAAGAACCCAAUGCAUCAUAGCACCUUCGUUCUUGCAGUUUAGGUUUAAAUCAGCAUAUGUUUGAGGGAAUUUGUUACACGACGUGAAAGUACCUACUGUCUCUCUCUGUACGUUUUCCUUGUGUUAGCUGUACCACAGAGCACAAACCCAGUGCGCGCUGAUCCACACCAGCUGACGCAUCAAGCGCUCAGCACCUGUUACAGCGUCCCCGCAUCUCAAUCGAGGGCGCAGUGACGCGCUCGGGAGGAGGAGCGCGCAGAGCGUUUAAAUAGCUGCUCUUCAGCCUGAAGUGUUCAAAGGCACAUUUGGCCACCACAAAUACACAACUACUGAGCUUUUUCUCUACGGAAACUUCUGCCUUAGAAUCAUAGAAACCAUGAUUAAGAAAAUGAGUCCCUCGGAGAAUGAGUUUGACAUCCCCGCGAAAAACUGCUACAGGAUGGUCAUCCUCGGAUCCACCAAAGUUGGCAAGACUGCUAUAGUGUCCCGAUUUUUAAACGGACGUUUUGAGGAGCAGUACACGCCGACGAUUGAAGACUUUCACAGGAAACUCUACAGCAACAGAGGAGAUGUGUAUCAACUAGACAUAUUGGAUACUUCGGGGAACCAUCCAUUCCCAGCUAUGAGGAGACUGUCUAUUCUGACAGGUGAUGUUUUCAUCCUGGUUUUCAGUUUGGACAACCGAGAGUCAUUUCAUGAGGUGCAACGGCUAAAACAGCAGAUCUACGAGACCAAGUCCUGCCUUAAAAACAAGACCAAGGAGAACGUGGACGUACCGCUUGUCAUCUGCGGAAACAAGGGCGACCGCGAGUUCUGUCGCGGAGUUCAGCGAGAGGAGAUAGAGGAGUUGAUCGCCGGAGACGAACAGUGCGCGUACUUCGAAAUCUCCGCCAAGAGGAACACUAACGUCGACCAGAUGUUUCAGAGACUUUUCACCUUAGCUAAACUACCGAACGAGAUGAGUCCGGACCUCCAUCGCAAGGUUCCCGUGCAGUACUGUGACAUCCUGCACAAAAAGUCGCUCAGAAAUAAGAAACUGAAGGACGGCGACGCGUAUGGCAUCGUGGCACCUUUUGCGCGCCGCCCCAGCGUGCACAGUGACUUGAUGUAUAUUAAAGAGAAGGCGAUAGGAGGAGGACAGGCAAAGGACAAAGAAAGAUGCAUCAUUAGCUAAGAUUGACACGGUAAAAUUACUGGUGCGGUCACAAUGAGAUGCAACAGUUUAGCUGCAGUCGUGCGCACGGUUGCUAUUCCUAUUGCCGUUACCGUCCGGUGACACUGAAAGGCCGGCGGUAAUAAAAAAAAGUUACCGGCUUGAGCUCUCACCUCGCCAAGUGGAAGCGCAUGUUAUGCUCGCUAGACUUUCUGUUCAGAAUAUUAUUGUUCUGUUCAGUCACAGCGCUCUGUGAUGUGGCUUUAAAUUGUUGUGAGGCUCUUUUUAACUCUUAAACUUAAAAAUGUGCUUUAUUAGACCAUUUGCCUUUUUUGAGUGCUGAAAGGAGACGCCGAAUGUGGAGAUGAGUUGUAAUGUCAAGUUGUUUACAUUUUUUAGUUAGAUUUUACUACAAAGAAUUGAACUUGAAUGUUUUCUUAGAAUCUGAACAAUUUUUUUAUUGUGAAUGUAUAUUUAUUCUUCUAUGUUAUCAAUGAGUUUAACAGAAAAAAUAAAAUGGUGAAGAAUAUGCAGUUUCCCCAUUAAUUUCAGCCUGCGU